AUGGAUAAAGAUAGGCAUAUUCAUAAAAAAGCUGAAGCUCAACGACUUAUAAAAAAGGGCUUGACGCCAGAACCUUAUCUUUACCAAAUUCCAGAACUGGGUAAGCGCUUUGAAUAUAUUGUAGUUGAAAAUAAUUCAUCACCGAAGAUAGGAGAUAAAAUGGAGUAUCCUGAGGUAGUAAGGUGA